AUGAGAGAAGAAGCCACAGAUGUAAAGGCAACACUGCCAGAGAUAGAGGACUGGUUGGAAAGGCUGCAACAAAUAUCAGAGGAGCCACAAAACAGUAUGCCUGAUGUGAUCAUCUGGAUGAUCAGAGCGGAGAAGCGGUUGGCUUGUGCUCGUAUCCCGGCCAACCAAGUCCUUUUCUCUACCACCAGUGAUGAUUCCUGUGGAAAAUAUUGUGGAAAGACCCAGACCAUCUUCCUACAGUACCCAAUGGAUAAAAACCAUGGCAUGAAGAUUCCUUGCCAGGUGAGAGUCAACAUUUGGUUGGGACUAUCCGCAGUGGAGAAGAAAUUUAAUAGCUAUGCUGAGGGGACUUUCAGCGUGUAUGCAGAGAUGUAUGAGAACCAGGCUUUGAUGUUCGGCAAAUGGGGAACCACAGGUCUGUUGAAGCGGCCCAAAUUUUCUGAUGUCACUGGAACAAUGAAGCUGAAACAAGAGAGCUUCCUUCCACCUAAAGGUUGGCAGUGGGAGGGUGAUUGGAAUGUGGACCCUGAGAGGAGCUUACUAACAGAAGCAGACGCCGGUCACAGCGAGUUCACAGAUGAAGUAUAUCAGAAUGAGAGCCGCUAUCCUGGUGGUGAAUGGAAACAAUCUGAUGAGCCGUACACAGAUGUUAAUGGAGAGAAGAGCCCGGCUCCGGGGGAGUUUGAGUGCCCAUAUGGAUGGAUGUGGGAAGACGAUGCCUGGACCUAUGAUAUUAACCGAGCUGUGGAUGAGAAAGGUUGGGAAUAUGGCAUCACCAUUCCUCCAGAUCCAAAACCCAAGUCUUGGGUGGCUGCAGAGAAAAUGUACCACACUCAUAGGAGACGGAGGCUAGUGAGGAAGAGGAAAAAGGACCCUAAUGUCACCGCUGCCAGAAAGGCAAUACUUUCUCAAGAAGAUCAGGAAGGCUGGGAAUAUGCAGCUCUCAUAGGCUGGAAAUUUCACUUGAAACAACGAAGCUCUGACACAUUCCGACGAAGACGCUGGAGAAGAAAAAUGGCCCCUUCAGAGAGUCUCGGAGCAUCUGCUAUUUUCAAACUGGAAGGAGCUCUUGGCACUGACAUGAGUUCGGAGGACGAAGAGAAGAAAGGGAAGGAACCUGCAGCUGCUAUUUUUGGGGCAAACACACCAAUCGUCUCCUGUACCUUUGACCGUGUCUUCACAUAUCACCUUCGCUGCUAUCUUUACCAAGCUCGGAGUCUGACUGCCAUGGAUAAGGACAGUUUUUCUGACCCAUAUGCACAUGUAUCAUUCCUCCACCGCAGUAAAACUACAGAGAUAAUCCAUUCAACUCUGAACCCUACAUGGGACCAAACCCUGAUCUUCAAUGAAGUUGAAAUCUAUGGAGAUCCACAAGCAGUAGCUCAGAAUCCACCGAAUGUAGUUAUUGAAAUAUUUGACAGCGAUCAAGUGGGAAAAGAUGAAUUUAUUGGAAGAAGUUUGUGCUCACCACUUGUAAAAUUGACCCCUAUUGAUAUUACACCAAAAAUGCUGUGGUAUCCAGUCUUGAAUGCUGGCAAACACUGCGGAGACAUCCUCAUUGCUGCAGAACUUAUUCUAAGAGACAAGGAUGGAUCCAACCUUCCAAUACUGCCAUCCCAGAGAGCUCCAAAACUCUACAUGGUCCCUCAAGGUAUCCGUCCUGUAGUUCAACUCACUGCCAUUGAGAUACUUACCUGGGGAUUACGCAACAUGAAGAGUUAUCAAAUGGCAUCUGUUACCUCUCCAAGUCUCAUUGUGGAGUGCGGUGGGGAAAUUAUCCAAACUGCAAUGAUAAAAAACCUCAAAAAGACGCCUAACUUUUCCAGCUCUGUCCUCUUCAUGAAAGUGCUCCUACCAAAAGAAGAGAUGUAUGUUCCACCCAUAGUUGUUAAAGUGAUUGACAACAGACCCUUUGGAAGAAAGCCGGUGGUAGGCCAGUGCACCAUUGAUUUGCUGGAGGAGUUCCGAUGCGAUCCAUACACUACAAAAACAGAUGAUGCUGCAGAGUUAAAAGUUGCACUCUUGUCCUCUACCCCUCCUCGUGAUGUAGUCAUCGAUGUAGAGGACACUAAACCACUGCUGGCAACUCAGUUACAAGAGAAGGAGGAAGAAAUUGUGGACUGGUGGAGCAAAUAUUAUGCAUCAAUUGGAGAACAUGAGAAAUGUGGACAGUAUUUGCAGAAAGGCUAUGACAGCUUAAAGGUGUAUAACACUGAGCUGGAGGACGUUCCUGAGUUCCGUGGCCUUACAGACUUCUGUGAAACAUUUAAGCUUUUUAGAGGGAAGGCUGAUGAGAGUGACGAUCCUUCUGUUGUAGGGGAAUUUAAGGGUUCCUUCCGUAUCUACCCUCUCCCGGAUGAUCCCAGUGUCCCUAGCCCACCCCGUCAAUUCCGGGAGCUGCCGGACAGCGGACCUCAGGAAUGUGUUGUUCGUAUCUACGUUAUCAGAGGAAUAGAUAUGCAGCCAAAGGAUAGCAAUGGCCUGUGUGAUCCUUACAUCAAAAUUACUCUGAGUAAGAAAGUGAUUGAAGAUCGGGAUAACUAUAUUCCUAACACUUUGAAUCCUGUAUUUGGAAGAAUGUAUGAACUGAGCUGCUUCUUACCUCAAGAGAAAGACCUGAAGAUCUCGGUCUAUGAUUAUGAUGCUGUGACACGGGAUGAGAAAGUAGGAGAAACUAUUAUAGACCUGGAAAACAGAUUCCUUUCUCGCUUUGGAAGCCAUUGUGGCCUUCCACAAACCUACUGUGUCACAGGAAUAAAUCAGUGGAGGGACCAGCUAAAGCCAACACAGAUAUUGCAGAAUGUGGCCAGGUUAAAGGGUGUCCCUCCACCAGUGUUCUCAGAAAGUGGGACCAAGGUCAGUUUUUCUGGACGAGACUAUCUGCUUGAUGACUUGGAGGCAAAUAAGAAAAUUCAUCAGCACUUGGGGCCUGCCAAUGAAAGGCUUGCUCUGUAUGUAUUACGAAACCAAGGCCAAGUUCCAGAACAUGUUGAAACCAGGACAUUGUUUAGCACUUUCCAACCAAACCUCCCACAAGGCAAACUGGAAAUGUGGGUUGAUGUCUUCCCAAAAAGUCUGGGACCGCCUGGACCUCCCUUCAACAUCACACCACGCAAAGCCAAGAAUUAUGUCCUGCGGGUGAUAGUAUGGAACACUAAAGAUGUGAUUCUGGAUGAGAAAAGUAUUACUGGGGAAGAGAUGAGCGAUAUCUAUGUCAAAGGUUGGAUUCCCGGCAAUGAGGAGAACAAGCAAAAAACAGAUGUGCACUAUCGGUCAUUGGACGGUGAAGGAAACUUUAACUGGCGCUUUGUGUUCCCGUUUGAAUAUCUUCCAGCAGAACAGCUCUGUGUUAUUUCGAAGAAGGAGCAUUUCUGGAGCCUUGAUAAAACAGAGUUCAAGUUGCCACCAAAGCUUAUACUUCAAAUCUGGGACAAUGACAAAUUUUCCCUGGAUGACUACUUGGGUUUUGUUGAACUUGAUUUACACCGCACCUUAAUACCAACAAAAACCGCAGAAAAAUGCCAUUUAGGUAUGGUUGAUCUUGCCAAACAUUCCAAAGAGGCUUCUUUGUUUGAACAGAAGUCCAUGAAAGGCUGGUGGCCGUGUUAUUCAGAGAAGGAUGGAAAUCGUAUUUUGGCAGGAAAACUUGAGCUGACUCUGGAAAUCCUGAAUGAGAAAGAGGUAGAAGAAAGGCCAGCUGGCAAGGGUCGUGAUGAACCCAACAUGAACCCAAAGUUAGACCCACCAAACCGACCUGACACCUCCUUCCUCUGGUUCACAAAUCCAUGCAAGACCAUGAAAUUUAUUGUGUGGCGCAGAUUCAAAUGGAUCUUCAUUGGCAUCAUCGUACUGCUGCUCCUUCUGCUCUUCAUUGGAAUCUUCUUAUAUUCUUUGCCUAAUUACAUUUCAAUGAAGAUUGUAAGACCAAAUUCAUAA